CCGUGUGGCCGCGGCCGUCGGUCGGUCCCGGCUGUCGGUCCCCGCUGUCUGUCUGUCCGUCCCGGCAGCCGCUCAGUCCGUCCCUGGGCCGGUGCUCGGCGGCGCCAUGAACCGGCCGAAGGCGGCGGCCGUGCGGCGGCCCAGCGCCGUGCCCAAGCCGUCCGCGCACCCCCCGCCCGGAGACUUCAUCGCGCUGGGCUCCAAGGGGCAGAGCGGCGAGGGCAAGGCCGCCGUCACGCUGCUGAAGCCGGCGCCGCCCGGGCUGCCCUCGGAGCGCAAGCGGGACGCGGCCGCCGCCUUGGCGGGCCCGGCGGGGCUGCCCGGGCUGACCAAGCGGCCCAAGCUCUCCUCCACGCCGCCCCUCAGCGCCCUGGGACGCCUGGCAGAGGCGGCCGUGGCGGAGAAAAGAGCAAUCUCGCCCUCCAUCAAGGAGCCGUCUGUCAUCCCCAUCGAAGUUGUCCCCACGGUGCUGCUGGAUGAGAUUGAGGCAGCAGAGGCAGAAGGCAACGAUGACCGUAUUGAGGGGGUGCUGUGUGGAGCUGUGAAGCAGCUGAAGAUGAACAGAGCCAAACCUGACACCACUCUCUACCUGAGCCUUAUGUACCUGGCAAAAAUCAAACCCAACAUAUUUGCCACCGAAGGGGUUAUCGAGGCACUGUGCAGCCUACUCCGAAGAGAUGCCUCCAUCAAUUUCAAAGCCAAAGGGAAUAGUCUUGUGUCUGUCUUGGCAUGCAACCUUCUCAUGGCAGCCUACGAAGAGGAUGAGAACUGGCCAGAGAUCUUUGUCAAGGUGUACAUCGAGGACUCCCUUGGGGAGCGCAUCUGGGUGGACAGCCCUCACUGCAAGACGUUUGUGGAUAACAUCCAGACAGCUUUUAACACCAAGAUGCCUCCUAAGACCAUGCUCUUGCAUGGAGAAGUUGGACGUAGUGGAGGGGACCUUAGUGCUGGGAGUAGCCCACACCCUUCCAUGACAGAGGAGGAGGACAGCCAGAGUGAGCUGCUGAUUGCAGAGGAGAAAAUGAGCCCAGAGCAGGCAGGCCAGCUCAUGCCCAGGUAUGAAGACCUUGCAGAGAGUGUGGAGGAGUAUGUGCUGGACAUGCUGCGGGACCAGCUGAACCGGCGGCAGCCCAUGGACAAUGUCUCCAGGAACCUCCUGCGCCUGCUGACAGCAACCUGCGGCUACAAAGAGGUGCGCCAGAUGGCUGUGCAGAGGCUGGAGAUGUGGCUGCAGAACCCAAAGUUGACCAAGCCAGCUCAGGACUUGCUGAUGUCAGUGUGUAUGAACUGUAACACACACAGCUCAGAGGACAUGGAAGUUAUCUCCAACCUGAUCAAAAUCCGUCUCAAGCCAAAAGUGCUUCUCAACCACUACAUGCUGUGUGUGAGAGAGCUGCUGAAUGCACACAGGGAUAACCUGGGCACCACCAUUAAGUUUGUGAUUUUCAAUGAACUAUCAAAUGCAAGAAAUCCCAACAACAUGCAGAUCCUGUAUACUGUGCUUCAGCACAGCUCAGAUCAAGCUCCAAAGUACCUGGCAAUGGUGUUCCAGGACCUGUUGACCACCAAGGAUGAUUACCUGCGAGCAUCACGGGCCCUGCUGAGAGAGAUCAUCAAGCAGACAAAGCAUGAGAUCAACUUCCAGGCCUUUUGCCUGGGUCUCAUGCAGGAAAGGAAGGAGGCCCUGUAUGCAGAGAUGGAAUUCAAGGAGCGGUUUGUCAUCCACAUAACCGACCUGCUAGCUGUCUCCAUGAUGCUUGGUAUCACAGCCCAGGUGAAGGAGGCUGGAAUUGCUUGGGACAAAGGAGAGAAAAAGAACCUGGAAGUGCUGCGCUCUUUCCAGAACCAGAUUGCUGCUAUCCAGCGUGAUGCUGUCUGGUGGCUGCAUACAGUUGUUCCAUCUAUCAGCAAGCUGGCUCCAAAGGACUAUGUGCACUGCCUCCACAAGGUGCUCUUCACAGAACAGCCAGAAACCUACUAUAAAUGGGACAACUGGCCCCCUGAGAGUGACCGCAACUUCUUCCUUCGGCUGUGCUCCGAGGUGCCCAUCCUGGAGGACACGCUGAUGCGCAUCCUGGUGAUCGGGCUGUCGCGGGACCUGCCCCUGGGCCCCGCCGAUGCCAUGGAGCUCGCCGACCACUUGGUGAAGAGGGCUGCAGCUGUGCAAGCAGAUGAUGUUGAGGUCCUGAGGGUAGAAAGAAUCCAGCUGAUCGAUGCAGUCUUAAAUCUGUGCACUUAUCACCAUCCAGAGAAUAUCCAGCUACCUCCAGGGUACCAGCCUCCAAAUCUAGCUAUUUCUACUCUCUACUGGAAAGCUUGGCCUCUCCUACUAGUAGUGGCUGCAUUCAAUCCUGAAAAUAUUGGUCUGGCUGCAUGGGAGGAGUACCCCUCUCUAAAGAUGCUCAUGGAAAUGGUCAUGACCAAUAAUUAUUCCUAUCCUCAAUGUACCUUGACGGAUGAGGAGACACGCACAGAGAUGAUUAAUCGUGAACUUCAAAUCUCCCAGAGAGAAAAACAGGAGAUUCUUGCUUUUGAGGGUCAUCUGGCAGCUGCAUCCACAAAACAAACAAUUACAGAAAGCAGCAGCCUCUUGCUGUCCCAGCUGACAAGUCUGGACCCUCAGGGCCCCCCUCGCAGACCUCCACCACAUGUCCUGGAGCAGGUGAAAAGCCUGAACCAGUCUCUUCGCUUGGGCCACCUUCUGUGUCGCAGUCGCCACCCUGACUUUCUUCUCAACAUCAUCCAAAGACAGGCCUCAUCACAGUCAAUGCCAUGGCUGGCAGAUCUGGUUCAGUCCAGUGAGGGCUCCUUGGAUGUCCUGCCUGUGCAGUGUCUUUGUGAGUUCCUGCUUCAUGAUGCUGCUGAUGAGUCAACCUCAGGUGAAGAGGAAGAGGAGGGUGAGAGUAAGGACCAGCGCGCCAAGAAACGCCAGAGACAACAGAAACAAAGGCAGUUGCUUGGACGCUUGCAAGACUUGCUGUUGGGACCCAAAGCAGAUGAACAGACAACCUGCGAGGUGCUUGACUACUUCCUGCGGCGCCUAAGCUCCUCCCAGGUGGCUUCCAGGGUCCUGGCCAUGAAGGGCCUGUCCUUGGUGCUGUCGGAAGGAGGGAUGCGUGAUGGGGAGGAGAAGGAUCACCCCAUGGAAGAAGACUCUGGUGAUUCUGAGCUGCUGCAGGGAUAUCAGUGGCUGCUGAGAGACCUCCCAAGGCUGCCACUGUUUGACAGUGUGAGAGCCACAACAGCUCUGGCCUUGCAGCAGGCCAUCCACAUGGAGACAGAUCCCCAGACCAUCAGUGCUUACCUGGUGUACCUCUCCCAGCAUGCCCCAGUGGAGGAACAGGGACAGCACAACGACCUUGCUCUGGAUGUCGCCCGACUGAUCGUGGAGCGCUCCACUAUCAUGUCCCACCUGUUCUCCAAGCUGUCCUACAGUGCUGAGUCAGAUGCAGUGCUUGUGGCUCUGCUCUCCAUCUUCUCCCGCUACAUCAAGCGCAUGCGGCAGAGCAAGGAGGGCGAGGAGGUGUACAGCUGGUCAGAGUCCCAGGAUCAGGUGUUCCUUCGCUGGACUAGUGGGGAAACAGCCACCAUGCACAUCCUUGUGGUCCAUGCCAUGGUUAUUCUCCUGACACUGGGGCCACCUCAAGCAGGGGAUGGUGAUUUUUACACCUUACUGGAUAUAUGGUUCCCUGAGAAAAAGCCCCUUCCUACUGCUUUUCUGGUUGACACCUCUGAAGAGGCCCUGCUGCUCCCUGACUGGCUGAAGCUGCGGAUGAUCCGCUCCGAGGUCCCACGGCUCGUGGAUGCAGCCCUGCAGGACCUGGAGCCACAGCAGCUGCUUCUCUUUGUUCAGUCCUUUGGAAUCCCAGUUUCCAGCAUGAGCAAACUUCUGCAGUACCUGGAUCAGGCAGUAUCUCAUGACCCACAGACACUGGAGCAGAACAUCAUGGACAAAAACUACAUGGCUCAUCUUGUGGAGGUUCAACAUGAGAGAGGAGCAACAGGAGGCCAGACUUUCCACUCCCUGCUUACUGCCUCCUUACCAGCCCGCCGAGACAGUGCUGAGACUGCAAGGUCAAAAUCUAGUCCUGAAAACUCUCAAAGUCAGAGUCGGAUCCGGGCCUUGAGCCAGGUCCGUGUGCUGGGCCCAGAAGAUGAUCUGGCAGGCAUCUUGCUGCAGCUCUUCCCACUGACCCCGGACCCGCGGUGGCAGAACUCCAGCCUGCGACCACUGGCCCUGGCACUGCAGCAGUCGCUGGGGCAGGAGCUGGCCCUCAUCCGCCAAGGGGCCACGCCAGAGAGCGGGGUCACGGCCAGUGGGGUGACAGCGAGCGGGGUCACGGCCAGCGGGGUCACGGCCGGUGGGGUGACAGCCAGUGGAGUCACAGCCAGUGGAGUCACAGCCAGUGGAGUCACAGCCAGCGGGGUCACGGCGCGGCUGCUGCAGGCCGUGGCUGCGCUGCUCAACUCCGCGCACAGCGGCGCCCUGGUCAUGGCCAUGCACCGCCACCACUUCAUCUCCUGCCCGCUCAUGCGCCAGCUCUACCAGUACCACCGCGCCGUGCCACAGGACACUGCCUUCUCCUCUCUCUUCUUCAAAGUGCUCAUGCAGAUGCUGCAGUGGCUGGAGAACCCUGCUGUGGAAGAUGGUCCCCUGCGAGCUCAGCUGAAGGCCUUUGCUGUGCAAUACUCCUCAAGGCACAGAAUCAGUGAUGUUCGAGGUGGCUUCUUGCACCUCACAGAAGCUCUUUCUUUCCGUCGUGACCUGGACUUGAUCAGCUCCACAGUCUGUGCCAUCAUUGCAACCCUGAAAUCAGGAGAGAAGUGUAAUGUGGAGCCAGAGCUCAUCAGCAAAGUCCUUCAAGGUCUGAUUGAAACCCACUCUCCAUACCUGGAGGAACUCCUGACUGUCCUCUUCUCAGCUACUGUUGAGACCACUGCCAGGUGUCCUGCCAUGAAACCAAUUGCUGUGGUAUGCUCCUUGUUGCUCCAGGACAAAGAAGAAACCCCAGUAAAGAAGGAGGUGGAGAGUUGCAGUGCUGAAUCAGCUUGGCCAGGGCCUGCCUCUGGCCUUCUCAAUGACUGGCUGGAGAUGUUGGACCCAGAGGUCAUCAGCAGCUGCCCUGAUCUACAGCAGAAGCUACUGUUCUCCUGGAACAAAGCAGGGUCCCAGGUGCCCUCCUUCCGCCCAUACCUUUUGGCUCUUCUGACUCACCAGUCCAGCUGGACCACACUGCACCAGUGCAUCAGGCUUCUGCUUGGCAGGAACAGGGAGCAAAGGUUUGACCCAACUGCAUCCUUGGAUUUCUUGUGGGCCUGUAUUCACAUUCCUCGGAUCUGGCAGGGAAGGGACCAGAGAACUCCUCAGAAACGCCGUGAGGAAUUUGUGCUCCACCUGAAGGCAUCAGAACUGAUCAGCAUGGUGGAGCUGAUCCUGGCUGAAGCAGAGACCAGAUACCAGAACACUGACGAGGCCUCCUGCACACUCAUCCAGUCUCGACUGCCGUUGUUGCUCAGUUGUUCUCAUGGAGACCUUGAGAACAUCAAAAAAGUAACAGAAUAUUUGACCAACUGCAUCCAACAGUGGGGAAGCAGCUCUGUGGGGAAAUGCUGCCAGGACCUUCUGCUGCAGAUGUACCUGCAACUACCUGAGCUCCUUGUGCCUAUGCCUGAGAUGCUUCUUACCAGUGAAGGAGCCAGAGACAGUAGCACUUGCAAGCUUGAUGCCCUGGUUCACAGAUUCAUUAACCUCCUCGCAGACACCAGUGACUCCAAGUCGUCCGAAAGCCGCGUGUGGGAUGCCAAUAUGGCCUGCAGGAAGCUGGCUGUGGCUCAUCCCAUCCUCCUCCUUAGGCACUUACCAAUGAUUGCAGCAUUGCUGCACGGCCGUGUUCACCUCAAUUUCCAGGAAUUCAGGCAGCAGAACCACUUGACCUUCUUCAUCCAUGUCCUGGGGAUCCUGGAGCUGCUCCAGCCGCAGGUGUUCCAGAACGAGCACCAGGCGGCACUCUGGGACUGUCUCCUGUCCUUCAUCCGUCUGCUGCUGAACUACAGAAAAUCCUCACGGCACCUGGCUGCCUUCAUCAGCAAGUUUGUGCAGUUUAUCCACAAGUAUAUCACGUGCAAUGCCCAGGCAGCUGUCUCCUUCUUGCAGAAGCACUCGGAUCCACUCCAUGACCUGUCAUCAGACAACAGUGACCUAGCAAUGCUGAAGUCCCUCCUGGCUGGGCUGAGUCUGCCUAGUAAGAGUGGCAUCUUGGACAGGGGCUCUGAUGAAGAGAAGGAUGAUGAAGCAGCUGCUGGCUCUCUCCCCCUGGUCAGCGUGUCCCUCUUCACUCCCCUCACGCCAGCUGAAAUGGCCCCGUAUAUGAAGAGGCUCUCCAGAGGCCAGACAGUGGAGGACAUCCUGGAGGUGCUGACAGACAUUGAUGAGAUGUCCAGGCGGAGGCCAGAAAUUCUUGCCUUUUUUUCUACAAACCUGCAGAAGCUGAUGAGUUCAUCAGAGGAUUCCUGUCGAAACCUGGCCUUCAGCCUGGCUUUGCGCUCCAUCCAGAACAACCCCAGCAUUGCUGCAGAUUUCCUGCCCACCUACAUGUACUGCCUGGGCAGCCGAGACUUCGAGGUGGUGCAGACAGCGCUGAGGAACCUGCCUGAAUACACCCUCCUUUGCCAAGAACAUGCAGCAGUGCUGUUGCACAGGGCCUUCCUGGUGGGCAUGUACGGCCAGAUCGACACCAGCUCUCAGAUCUCAGAGGCCUUGAAGAUUCUGCAUAUGGAGGCCAUGAUAUGAACAUGUGGUUCUGGGAGUUCCACUUCCAGAGGAAUUAAUUUAAUGGAUUCAUCAGCUGCAUUACAACCCUGUAAGAAGAACAGUGUCUUGCAACCCAUGUGCUGGAGGAUCAAAUAGGUGAUGUGGCAGGCCAAACUGUGCUGGAAAAGAAGAAGGUGCUGACUGAAGAUCAGAAAAGGGCAAGGAUCAAUCUGGCUGGCUGAGAUGCCAUUAUUGUGGGAGAAAAAUCUCCUAAACCUUGUGCCAAACAGGGACCACUUCCUUCUUGGGGUCUUGGGGCAGUGGCUAUUGGUUUGUUGUUUGGGGUUUUUCGUCUCUCCAAAAGGCAGAGCUGCUGGGAGAGCAGAAGGGAGUGAGUGAUGGCCCUUGUAACUGAAGUGUCUGCACUCUGUGUUGGAGAGAACAUGCAGAUUUGUGCAGGGGGAGAGACCACUUUGGUUUCUAGGGGUGGGUGGUUUUUUUAUUUUAUAAUUAAAAUUCUCUUUGUUUCCAUUGUGCCUUUCUCUGCUCCUUUGGGUGUAGCUUGACAUCCCUUUCACCCUGUUCUUCAGUCUCUUGUUCUCUAGACAAAGCAUCUCUGGAAGACUUGUCUCCAUGGCCAAGUGCUCACAGAGCUGUCUAGGCCUUUUACAGGAUAUGCAAGAAAUGGAACAGAUUUGGAAGGGUCAGUGAGGUACUAUGGAUGAGUUGGGUCAGUAUCAGCUGCUGACAGGACAGCUUUUAAGAUGUUCCUUGGAAAACUUUUGUUUAAA